GCAGCUGUUCUAACUAACGCAUCCGUCGCCUCAACUUCCGCAGACUGCCUUGCUGUUCCAGAAAAAUGGUAGGCAAGAAGGAAGUCGCGAAGCCCAAAGCUGCCCCGCGCGGGGCCGUGAAGGCGAAUGCUGCGACUGCUGCGCCUGCGGUAAAGAAAGUUGACGGCGAUAUGGAUGUAGAUACUGGGGGUGCCAACCCUCAGCCAACAGCGGGCGAUGAUGCGACCGACCUCAAUCCUGAUGCUUCAACAUCGGCCGGAGCGACACGAAAGCGACAGGCGCCGCUUACUCAUGCCAAAGACGAGUUCGCCGCCCUCCUCGAGCCGUUCUACUACGGAAAGAGCCUGACCGACCCGAUCAAUACUGCGCGCGACAAAUGGAACCUACUGCCGGCGUUCCUGAAGACCAAGGGUCUCGUCAAGCAGCACGUCGAUUCGUACAACCACUUUGUCGAUGUGGAACUCAAGAAAAUCAUCAAGGCCAACCGCUUUGUCCGCAGCGAUUUCGACCCCAAGUUCCUCCUCGAGUACACAGACAUUCGCGUCCUUUCUCCGAACCGACAGGAAGAAGAUGACCUCGAACACCACCGCAGUACCAUUACACCCAACGAAUGUCGGUUGCGCGACAUGACAUAUGCUGCGCCGAUAGUGGUGGACAUUAUAUACACCCGCGGAAAUGCCAAGGUCAAGCGGACGGGCAUCAAAAUUGGGCGAAUGCCCAUCAUGUUGAAGAGCAACAAGUGUGUGCUCGCAGGAAAGAACGAUCGCGAGAUGGCAGUCAUGGAGGAGUGCCCGCUAGACCCAGGAGGCUACUUCAUUACUCGAGGGCAAGAGAAGGUCAUCUUGGUUCAAGAGCAGCUGAACAAGAAUCGAGUCAUUGUUGAGAGCGCAAAGGGUAUCAUGCAAGCCAGCGUAACGAGUUCUACGCACGAAAGGCGAACCAAGACAUACGUGAUUCAGAAGAAGGGCCUCAUGUACCUCCGACACAACACGCUCUCCGAAGAGAUUCCGAUCGUAUUCGUAAUGAAGGCACUGGGCGUACACUCCGACAAGGAAAUCCUGCUGAUGAUAGCCGGCGAGGACAGCGCGUAUCAGGACAACUUUGCUAUCAACUUCGAGGCAUGCGCAAGGGAACAGAUCCACACCCAGGAACGAGCGCUUGAGUACAUCGGCCAUCGCGUACGACUAGUGAAGAAGCCGCUUGGUACGUCUCGCAGCCGGAACUAUCACUUGGAGGCUAUUGAGUGUUUGUCCAACGUCGUACUUCCCCACGUCCCAGUCGAAGGCACAAACUACCGACCAAAGGCCCUCUACGUCGCCCUCAUGGCGCGUAGAGUUCUGAUGGCCAUGCAAGACCCAAAGCUAGUGGAUGACCGUGAUUAUGUCGGAAACAAGCGUCUCGAGUUGUCUGGUCAGAUGUUGUCGCUUCUCUUCGAGGACCACUUCAAGCGUUUCAACCACGACUUCAAGCUGAGUAUCGACAAGGUCCUGAAGAAGCCGGUCCGAGCGCAAGAGUUUGACGCCUUUUCCCACUUCAGUGUACACAAGAAUCACAUCACCAUGGGUGUCGAACGUGCCAUUGCGACUGGAAACUGGAGUUUGAAGCGUUUCAAGAUGGAGAGAGCUGGUGUUACACACGUCUUGAGCAGACUGAGUUAUAUCGCUGCGCUAGGUAUGAUGACGAGAAUCAGUUCACAAUUCGAAAAGACGCGUAAGGUUUCCGGUCCUCGUGCGCUGCAGCCAUCGCAAUUUGGUAUGCUUUGCACAUCAGAUACCCCAGAAGGAGAAGCCUGCGGUCUUGUCAAGAACUUGGCGUUGAUGACACAUAUCACAACCGAAGAUGAUGACGAUCCAGUGCGCAAGAUUGUGUUCAUGCUAGGCGCUGAAGAUAUCUGUUCGCAAACAGGAGAAGAGAUCCAUUCGGAGGGUGUGUACAGUGUGUGUCUCAACGGUACACCUAUCGCUGUCACCGAUACACCAAAGCGAUUCCUCAACAGCUUCCGGAAACUCAGGCGGAUGGGUCGCAUCUCUGAGUUCACCAGCAUUCACAUUGACCACGACCACUGCGAAGUCCACAUCGCUACGGACGAAGGGCGAAUUUGCCGUCCAAUGAUUAUUGUUGAGAACCAACGCUCUAAAGUUACGUCGAGGUACCUGAAAGCCCUUCGCAAGGGAACAAUGGAGUUUGAAGACUUCUUGCACAGAGGUCUAGUUGAGUAUCUCGAUACAAAUGAAGAGAACGACACGAACAUCGCUUUGAAAGAGACCGAAAUCAACCAGCACACCACACAUCUCGAGAUUGAACCCUUCACCAUCCUGGGUGCUGUCGCUGGUCUUAUCCCAUACCCUCACCACAAUCAAUCCCCUCGUAACACUUACCAAUGCGCUAUGGGUAAGCAAGCUAUUGGCGCCAUCGCCUACAACCAGUUCAACAGAAUAGAUACACUGCUAUAUCUCAUGGUCUACCCCCAACAGCCUAUGGUCAAGACACGGACUAUCGAGCUCACUAAGUACGACAAACUGCCUGCCGGUCAAAACGCAACUGUCGCAGUCAUGUCCUACUCCGGCUACGAUAUUGAGGAUGCGCUCAUUCUGAACAAAGCCUCCUGCGACCGCGGCUUCGGUCGCUGCCAGGUGUUCAAGAAGCACGUCACGCCUCUCAAGACGUAUGCCAACGGUACCUCUGAUCGCAUCAAUGCUGGCGCUCUAGACGUAGACAACUCCAGCCACCAAGCCAUCGGUCAAGACGGUAUCGCUCAAGUCGGUGCCCGCAUUGAAGCUGGCGAUGCUUACCUCCUAAAGUCCAUCCCCCAGGACACCGCAGGACCCGCAACAAACGUUUACAAAGACAAGCCCGACAAGUACAAGUUGCCCGACUGCAGCUACAUCGACAAAGCAUGCAUCACCGAGAAUGAAGCAGGAACCACACUAAUCAAGCUCCUCAUGCGACAAACCCGCCGCCCAGAACUCGGCGACAAGUUUUCUUCGCGCCACGGCCAAAAAGGUACGACAGGUCUCAUCGUCCAACAAGAAGACAUGCCCUUCAACGACCAAGGUAUCUGCCCCGACAUUAUCAUGAACCCCCACGGUUUCCCCUCGCGUAUGACAGUCGGCAAGAUGAUGGAACUGCUCUCCGGAAAAGCUGGUGUUCUCAACGGCACCCUCGAAUAUGGAACUGCGUUUGGUGGGUCCACGGUUGAAGACAUGUCACAAAUUCUUGUGGAGAAGGGCUUCUCGUACACUGGCAAAGACUACCUGACGAGUGGUAUCACGGGAGAAGCACAUCAGUUCUACACCUUCUUUGGCCCGAUCUACUACCAGAAGCUCAAGCAUAUGGUGCAGGAUAAGAUGCACUCGCGUGCUCGAGGUCCGCGUGCUAUCUUGACGAGGCAGCCUACCGAAGGUCGUGCGAGGGACGGUGGACUGCGUCUGGGUGAGAUGGAACGUGAUUGUUUGAUUGCAUACGGUGCUUCUCAGCUGCUGCUUGAGCGAUUGAUGAUCAGUUCGGAUGCGCACAAUGUUGAUGUUUGCGAGAAGUGCGGCCAAAUGGGCUACAGCGGCUACUGUAAACUCUGCGAAAGUGAAAAGGCAGUCCGCAAGAUCACUAUGCCAUAUGCUGCUAAGCUUCUGAUUCAGGAACUGGGUAGCAUGAAUGUCAAGGUGACGAUUGGAUUGGAGGAUGAAUUCCCUAGGGAUGCGUAGACGGAGAAGACGUCGAUGCAUGUUUGGCGCUGGACUGGACUGGGCUUGGGUGCAUAGCGUGGCGUUUGUCAUGAUCGUCUUUAUUCCAAUGUACAUAAUUAUGGAAACUUCUCGUAUCAUAAGUAUGCUAUUCGUCAGG